CGGAUCUGGGUUGACCUGAUUAUGUGGAUAAAAAUAGAAUAAACACGAUCCGGCUUUGCUGGACGGUUUCCUUCACCAUGUUCACGGCUUGUCGAGGAGAAGUGGGACAAAAGACUGUUUUCUUCGUAGCAGGGUGGACAAACGGUGAACUUUUGGAAGUGACGGACGUGUUUGUCUACCCGCGAGUUCGUGUGCCUGUAUCUUUGUUGACUCAAAACAAAGCAUUGUUUAUCUUUAAAAACGUACAUUUUGCGAAGAGAUGAGUUAAAGUGGUCGCACUUCCAGAAUGGAUUCAGACAUAGAGACAGACACGGACAAAAGAGACAUCGUUGUCAUCAUACGAUGUGUUCUCGUUGUCAUCGUAGGUGUCAUCUGUGUUUUCGGAAAUCUGCUCGUUAUCAGAACUCUGAUCUUCUUUAAGUAUCCCAAAAUUCCCAUGUAUGUAGCUAUAGGAGGAUUGGCCGUUGCAGACAUGGUUCGUGCAAUUUUUGGAGCACCCUAUUUUGUUAUAAUUUGGACAAAAAAUGGCAGCAAAAUUUUAACUGCAGAUUGGUGCAAAGCAGUGUCUUAUCUGAGUGACGUAAGCAUGUAUGUGGCGGCCUGUCAUUUAGUUGGACUGAGCGUGAUCCGUUGCAUUUUACUGAACGACCGAAUGCAUGUGCAUUCUUACGUGAAGCAUGCCGUAAUAGGAUCCUUGAUAAUUUGGGUAGUAAUUCCCCUGAUGAAUAUCCCGGGGAUAAAAACGUCUUCCAAGAGUAUGGGAGUGUGUGUUGAAGUUGACACAGACUUAGAAACUACAACAGAACGGAACCAGUGGUUACGACUGACGUUUUCCUACGGUUUGCCUAUUCUAGUCAUUGCUGUGGUUUAUUUCUUAACUUACUACUUUUCGAAAAAGUUUUUCGCAGAGAGUUACUCGAGGAGGGAGCGUCGACUAUCGAGAAUGGUUACUCUACUGAUUUUGAUUUGGGCAGUGUUUAAACUACCAUAUGAAAUUACUCGUAUGAUAACAUUUUACAAAUCUCGAAGGUUGGAGCAACUGCUUACAAACACACCACCAUCGGAAGUGUUAGAGUACGAGGACGAGUUCGAAAAAUAUCUCAAUCUUGAAAAAGUGGACAAAAUAAUGGAAUGUGUUUCGUUAGUGGACUUGGCAGCGAGACCAAUAAUAUAUAAUAAGUUUUCAUAUUACUUUAGCAGAAGCUUUAGUGAGGUUAUUAACUGCACAAGCUGUCAAAAGUCGAAACCGUCAAAACGUUCUUACAGAAAACAGCGAAGCGCCGACAGCAACAGUACGAACGUCACUGACGUUGUGGAGGCUCCACUCAAUGUGUCAAGUGUGGAGAAGUUUACCGGAAGUGAAGAGGAGCAAUUUAAUAACAAUGUUACUGACAUAGAUUCUAAACACCAAGAACCGGGAGCGUCAGGAGAGGACGAAAUUAUUGUUUUGCCGCCAGACGACUAUAUGAAACAUAUUCUUUCAUCAAAAAUAUAAUGAUGGAUCUUUUAUGUUCGCUGUGAAUUGCCUUGCUCAUCUAUAAGAUGUAUACUCAAUAUAUUUCUGUGUCAUUUCCACAAGCGUAUCUCAUAUGUUGUAAAUAGAUGCAUCCCGGUAUAUAUGAAUACGAAUUCCUCAUGCCUUAAACACGAGAUACCUCACCAAUAUAUCUACAUGCUCAAUUUUUAAGUACUGUAGUUGUAUAUUAAAUACAUAUACCUUGUACAAUGACCUCAUGUUGUGAGGACUGGCUUACUCUCACCAUUUCACCUCGUGGAGCUUAUGUAAACUGAUAUCAAUCUAAAAUGACGGAGAAGGAAAUUAGUCAUUUUUAUUUUGUCGCCAGAAAGGCUUUCGAUAGAAACAUUUGACUUCGUACCCGGGAGUGCCUCCAAUAUUUUACAUUGGUAAUUUUUUUUUUUUACUUAUUUACAGUUGAUAAUUUUGCUAGUAUAUAUACUAUGUACUAUAAUCGUUUAAAGGUCGCGGUCCUCUCCCAAAGAAAAAAAAAUCUAAAAUCGCGUUCUAUGGGUUUAUUUAUUAAAUAAAAAUAUGGUGCACCUCUUUUAUUAAUAAACCUAAUAAAGUAAGAUGCUCAAUUUUUUCACUCGGUAGAAAUUAAUUGGGGCGAUUAAUUGUAAAAAAAAUUAAAAAUUGGUAUGAAGAUUAGUUGUUAUUGUAUGAUACCAUUUUCAUUUUUUUUAAAAGUGACUAUACAGCCAAAGUGACUGUCAAAGUAAAGUGAUUCCUCUAGAUCUCCGGUGUUACUCUAUAGAUGUACAUGUAUAUUGAUUUGACUCGGUAGUAUCCCCUUUUUUUGGUUAAUUAAUCAUAUACCAGUCAAUAAGCAAGAACCGCACUGUUCUGGAUAAAACGCUGAUCCCUUGACUUGUGGGCACCGAGCUUCAAUAUUCAGUGGCCUUGGCAAUCUUAAGUGUUUCUCUUUAUGGUAUUGGAUUUGAGCUUAAGUAUUUCUUAAGUGGUAGAAAUCAUUCAGUUGGAUAGGGUAACCAUCUGUUUAAUGUAAUGUAUCACUUGUUUAGCAAGAAAAAUCACGGUACGAAUGUGUCAGUUAUUUUUAUUCAUCAUGUAACUUGUCGUUUGAAUCACAAGCAAUCAUGUUCAUCCUCAUUUACAUGUUUUAAUUGUAAUAUUUGUACUUUAAUUGAAACGAUAGAGAUGUCCCUGUCUUUUAAAAACAAAUGUUCUAGUUUUUGAGACAUUUUUAAAAGAAAAAAAAUUAGAAUUUUACAUAUUUUUGUGAAAAAACGAAGGGCAUUUUUGAUAUGAUAUGGCUUUAAGUAAAAUUCAUGAAUUGUUGAUUGUACAUUUUAGUACAAAAUGCAGUGCUGGCGAAAAUAUAGGGCAUAUAUUCCAGAGUAUUUGUUGUGCCACAUUCUUCAAGAACUAUUCACCUGUGUAAUUGAGAGAAUUUUGUUAUUGUUUAUUUCCUCUCUGCAGUUGAAAUUCUAUAUUCCACUUUAAGAUUAAGUUUUUUAAGUGUUAUCUAUGUGAAAAAUUCAUAUAUAUAUAAUAUUUUACCCUGAACCACAUCUUGUCAACCAAGCUUUGCAAAAAGUACCUAAAGAAAAUGAAUUUUAAGAUGUUCAGACUCGCCAAAUCCUGAUUUACAAAACGGAAUGGCGGACCUAUGAUAAUGUUAUCACACGUUUUGGGGGCGUUUUAAACAAGGCAUGUCCAUCUUAUAUGGAUACCUGUAAAACAUUUUCUUUGUUACCUUUUUAAUUAUUUUGAACCUGUAUGCUAUGGGAUCUUGUUGAAAUAAUUAGAAGAGCAAAUUAUCUCAUGUUCGAGAUAUUUUGGCCAGUGGACUUUCCAUAUAAUGAGGAUAUUACCAUAUUGUACGUUUUAGAGAAUUACAUAUAUUUUAUAUUAACAGAAAAAUAUUAAAGUAUUUUUCGAUUCAAUAAAUUAGACUACAUGUAUUUAAGAUAUAGCACACGACGGGUAAAAAAUCAUGCUGGUGAAGUUAAAAAGUGAUGUUUGAGAUUGUAUUACUAUUAUUUUUUUGUCAAGAAUUUUUCUUAUGUUUCGUUAUGUAAAAUGUGUAACUUGUUUGAAGGUUUUUGUUUUUGAAUGUUCAUUUCAUGGCUCAGUUUAAAUAAAAUUUUAAAAAAUUGAA